AUGGUCAAGUGCAAUCAUACCUCAUUAUACAACGACUGCAGUCCCGUCGCCCAAGAAGCAGGCUUCGAAAGACCACCCCUUGAAGGAGCAGUCUCACAAACUGGGAAUCGACCAAGAAACCCCAUUACAGAAGACCCAUGGACAUUCCCCGGGCCUUUAGUCCUCCCAGAGGAUGAACUUGCCAUGGAUCCUGAUGACGAAGGUCAGACGUUCAAAGAAUGGCUUGAUGAAGAGGAGAGGAACAAAGUUACUACAAAAAGAAAGAAAAUCUAUGUCGUCUUACCGCCUACGAUUCCUGAAGAGUUGGAGGAAGUGAUGAAGGAUUGGCAUAAACCCAUUCUGCCUGGAAGAGCUGGGGAUUUGGAGAAGUGGACGUCUUCGACACCCCAGGUUUCCGAUCUGAUCGAGUAUCUACGAUGUUUCUACCAUGGCAUGGACGUUGUGCAAUAUCCUGCCACAUUCACAUGGAAAGUCUGGGACGAAAAGCCAAAGUCAAAAACACGCUCCAAAACAACAAAAAUCGGUCUAGAAACUCCCGGAAAGUCAGAAGUAUGGGACAUUCGAUGUCGCCCCUCUUUAGACGGGCGAGCGAGACAGCAGGUUCACUUAGGCGACGUCGCAGAUGCACUCUUACGAAGAAUACCCAAAGACGCUCAUGCCGUGGUCAUGCUUACAGAUUAUGAUCUUUACGAAGAUGAAGAAGAUGACUUCACUGUCGGAAGAGCUUGGGGCGGGAGUAGAGUCUGUAUCGUUUCUUCAUUUCGAUACAAUCCUGCGUUGGAUGAACCCGCAGGUAUAGAUCGAGCGCACAUGUGGCCUAACUCACACUGCAAAACAUUCAUCGACAAUGAAUGCAGCACCCUCGAAAAAGAACCCCCCGCUAAAAGAACAAAGUCAACCAUCAAGUCCUACGGCAAACCACCACCCACAUCCCCCCUCGCCCUCGCAGUCCAAGCCUCCAAACGCGUCCCAAAACUCACAACAAGAGAUGAGUUAUCAAGCUACUGGUUCGCCCGUCUGGCGGUAACAGUAUCCCACGAACUGGGCCACUGCUUCGGUUUCGCUCACUGUCCCUACUACGCAUGCGUGAUGCAAGGUGUAAACAGUGUUCGGCAAGAUGGUCAAGUGCCGCCUUAUCUGUGUCCAGUUGACGCCGCGAAAUUGGCUUGGGAACUUGGACCGCUGUUGGAUUGUACUGGGAGUAGAGCGGAGAAGCAGAGUUUUUGGAUUAGGCAGCAAAAUGAAGCUCUGAAGAGCUUUUGUGGGAGAUGGAGUCAUGUUCCUCAAUUUGCGGGCUUUGAGGCUUGGUUGGGAGGAAGAUUGGUUGAGAAGUAG